AUGGCGGACGUUUUGGGUAAACUCUCUGCUUUGGUGGAUCGCCUCAAGAGUGGAUCAACAACACCUGAAACAGACAUGAUGUUGAACACAAUUCCGAAAGAUCUUCUUGAGGAAAUUUUAUCGGAUAGUGGUGGCACAUUGGCCGAAUUUCAAGAUGUCGCCGUUGAUUUCCUGAAGUAUCUUCUACCAUCCUGUAGUAAAGACACUCUGGAAGACUAUGGUUCUCUCACUCCUCUUCUCCUUCAGCGCCUUAGGACUUCUGAGGAGAUGGAUUCCCUUGAUGACAUAGCUGCAUGUAUACUCUCCCUAUCCAUGGUAAACACUCAUGACCAAGCAGAGUACCUGCACGAUACUGUCGAUGUACUUUCAUCUUAUUGUAUCAAUAAUUCGAGAUACUUCCCAUUCACGCGGAUACUUCAGCGUCUUACAGACUGCAUCAUUGUUUUGCGACCUUCCUGCAGCAACUGCGAUCUUGUAUGCUCUAAUCAUACUUGGCCCGCCGAUACCAGGACGCUUAUAGACAGAGCUUUGAAGACGAAGACAGAAUUGAUUACGGAUGAUACAAGAGUUUUGGUAUUCCACUUAGUAAAAGAAGUAGUAGAGACUCUAGGAGUAAAAUGGUUUGCUCCUAACGUGCCACUGCUCUUAUUAUUAGUACAUCUUAUAGUUGUUCAAGUUCGAAUAAGCCUAGACAAGCCAGACAAUGUUGAUCCUCAAAUCCUCAGUGUCUGUUAUCACAUUCUCGAAAUGGGUAUACAAUGCGUAGAGGAGUCCACUCUCCUGGACGAUGCUGCGGCUACUCGUAUAGCAACUGCUGUACGCGAGGCUGCAUUUUAUUCUGUCGACUAUUGGGUAAAAACGGUUGAACAAGAAGAACAUUUGAAUGAGCAUGUCGAGCUUGUCUUAUAUCGUUUUGUUUCGUGUCUUUUGGCAAUAGGAGGUGCUGAAAUAUUACCAGUCCCACUCAUGCGAGAAUGUUCGCCACUAAUGCUCCAAGUUUUUCAACGGGAAAUAGUCAAUGGGAAUUAUUCGACUGCACACUUGCUUCUACCUAAUCUCGAUGUCUUGCCCAAAUUAACAAUGAAUGUCAUCACCUUACUCGUAGAAGUUGUAAUCGCACAGUACCCUAAUGGCGAGUGGAAAAGUGCACUAAAUGAGGUAGUAUUAACUCUCGAAAGCUUGAACGGACGAGUGGACUACUAUAAUGCAGAAACUUUGGCGGAGGCGCGUACAAAACUAAUGAAGGCUAUGCCAGAUUGUGAACUUUCUUCAAUGCUCGCAAAAUUGUGA